AUGUCCGGAGCAGGUGGAGGGCCCCCCAGUCAUUCGAACAGCUUCGGCAGCAGCAGCAGCAGCAGCAGCACUUCCUUAUGCCACCCCUAUGCUUCAAGCCUGAGCUGCCCAGCAGAGCUCACAGGAGAGUUGCUGCUGCACUCUCGCGGCACUCCUUCAUCUGCUGCUGCUGCUGCAGCAGCAGCAGCAGCAGCAGCAGGAUCAGACGAAACCCCUCUCGACUCCUUUACUACAAGAAGCAACACCCCACACCGAAGCCUCAGUGGGAUCGGAUCCCAGACAAUCUCCCCCGCCUCUUUUAAUGCAUUUGUUGCUGCACCUACGCAGCCUUCGUUAGAAGAGCUCCAGCAGCUUGUUGCUCUUAAACUCAGACAGGAACUGAGGGCUGGCCGCGUCUCUGCUCAACCUUCUAACACUCCUCAGCAGGAGCAGCAGCAGCAGCAGCAACAGCAGCAGCAGCAGCAGUACCUGCGCCGCCUCUCAACACCCAAAGCAGAAAAAGAAACACUUCUGCAGCAACAAAUAGGCGAGGCAGCAGCAGCAGCAGCAGCAGCAGCACCAGGUGCUAGCAGCAGCACGAAUCAGCUGGGGCCACUAGGAAUGCUGUGCUCUCUCAUGCAACAGCAGCAGCAGCAGCAGCAGCAGCAGCAGCAGCAGCAGCAGCAAGAUGCAAGUUGGCUUGAAGCCCCUGGUACACUGCCAGACUGCAGCAGCUGGAUGAUGCAGCAGCAAGAUGCUGCUGCUGCUCUGUCGCAAAUGAAAUUAAACCCCACAAUGUCUUCGCAGCAGCAGAUGCGGCCCAUGCAGCAGCAGCAGCAGCAGCAGAUGCAAAUGCCUCAACAGCAGCAGCAGCAGCAGCAAGGUAACGACCUCAGAGGCUCGCAGCUGAUGCAGCAGCGAUUCCAGCUGGCUAGCCUUUUGCUGCAGGGGGCAGCAAACAUGCAGCAGCAGCAGCCGGUGCAGGUGCAGCAAGAGGACGAGCAACAGCAGCAACAAAUGAUGCUGCAGCAGGAGCAGCAGCAGCAGCAGAUGCUGCAGCAGGAGCAGCUGAAGCAGGAGAGACAACGGAGACAGCAAUUUGAAGCUUCUUUUCUCCUUGCCUCUAGUGAGAAGCAGCAGCUUAUGCUGCGGCAGCAGCAGCAAAAGUCUAGCUGGCUCUGCAGCAGCAACGAGCAACAGCAGCAGCAGCUGCAGCAGCAGCAGCUUCAGCAGCAGCUGCAGCAGCAGCUGCAGCAACAGGGCUUUAUGUGCCCUGGAGAGGAAAACGAAACUGCAGACAACCAACAAGACAGGCUCGUGGGAAUGGGGAUGUCUCCUCAGGGGUCAUUUGGUGAUAUACUGAACACCACUCAUCGCUAUACGAACAUUGAUAGCAGCAGCAGCAGCAGCAGCAGCACGGGUGGAGGCGGCGCGCUGUCGUUUCUAACAAAGACCGAUCCUGCUGAUUUGCUGCUGCAGCAGCAACCCCCGCAGCAGCAGCAGCAGCAGCAGCAGCCGCAUCCCCAACCCCACCCCCAGCAGCAGCAGCAGCAGCAGCAGCAGCAGCAGCAGCAGCAGCAGCAGCAGCAAAUGGGGUUCUCCAGCAAGAUGGAAAGGCUGCAAACGAACCCAGAGUUUCUUGAAUUAGCAACAGCACUGGUGCAGCAAGCCUUAGGGGAGGGAGCAGCAAGCCAGCAGCAGCAGCAGCAGCAGCAGCAGCAACAGCAGCAGCAGCAGCAAAUGCAGCCCAUGCAGCAGCAGCAACAAAUGCAGCCAAUGCAGCAAAUGCAGCAGCAGCAGCAGCAGCAAAUGCAGCAGCCUAUUCGAACUACAUCUCAGGUGCAGCAGCAGAACGCACCGCAAACAAACAGCGACAACACAACAGAGUUGCUGCAGCAGUUGCUGCUGUUGCUGUCAGAGAAGACAGCUGGUGGAGCUGCAGCAGCUGCAGCAGCAGCAGGAGCAGCAGCAACAGCAGCAACAGAAAAAACACACAAUACGGGCAUCAUGACGAAUGUGCCUUUCUAUUAA